AUGAUCAAGGCCGAAACGCCCCUCGUGAAGCCGGUGUCAGUCGUCGUUUACACGUUUUGGGGUAAGGAGUCGUGCUUUAACACGCAGCUGCGCCUGGACUGUGCUGUUACCGACACCGGGCACUCCAUAAAGCGUAUGAUAUCAGCGCUGACUGGUAUACCGGUCGUCCUGCAGCGCCUGUUUGUGAGCGAGAGCGUCUGGACGCUAGGAACGCGCACCAAGUUUGAAGAUAACGACCAGAUAUCGGAUUUCCCCGCACUGCUCCGGCUGCGGCACGACACCAAGCAGCCCGAGCUGCACGUAUUGCUAGAGAUCCCGGUUCCGUACAGCCACAAUUUGCGCUCUGAUGCGGGGAGCAUCGAAGAAUACGCCGCGGCGCUGCGGCGUUACAGCUCACUUCUCAGUCGUGUAAAGGCAGCACGCAAGGACCCCAAAAUCCUGCUAGAGCCGGAGUUGCCAACCGAUGGCCAGGCAUCGGAUGCCUCUACCACGACCGAAAUAAACCCAACGACAGGAAGAGUGGGAGGUGUGGACGACGGUAUGGUCGGCCAAGGGGUUGUAAAGGAUGGAUGCGUCGUGUCGCCAAAAGGUGAUAAAGGAACCGGCUGUAGUAUUGCAAAUGCUGUUAAAGGGACCACUGGUACGCUUGACGGCAACGACACCGUUGUAGGUGCUGCGGGAAGUUGCCCUUUAGCAAGUGCAAAACGGGCACCCUCUACCGGUAUUGGGGAGGCUGGCACUUUCGUGUCGCCCAAUCGCAGAAUGCACCUGCUCUUUUUCCACGACUAUCCGACACCGCCUGGCGGUAUCGGCGGUCGGCUGCAGCAGUGGUUCAACCAGCAACUACCCAUCGACUGGGAGACGAAUGCGAAGUUCGCCUUUAUGUGCUACCUCAUCAGGGCCACCUGCAACAACGACCCCUCUGCUGUGCCAGACGCGGAUAGGGCGGCUGAUGUGCCGCAGCGCCUUCCACAUGCUGCCCAUGGAGAAACUCCCCAAAGCGUACGUGAUGAACGCGAAACCCUUGGAAAACUGCGUCUCCUUGUGCUUGGCCAGGUAAGCCCUGUGGAUGCGUCCCGCUCGGCUGAACAGCUCCACGAGGUCCUUUUCGCGAACGUCCUCGCUGAGGUUGGUGACCCUGACGGUGUUUUCGUCGAAGCUCCUGCGGUCGCCACCGCCCUCCUUGCGACUUGGAGGAAUGUAUUUGGCGGAGGUGUCCCGGUCGUCCAUCAUGUCGCCGGUGUCGCUGUCGUCGCGGAGGCUCUUGAACUUCAUCUUCAGCUCCCUGGUGGCACGCGUCAUGUUGACGUCGUUGGGGGAGUAUAUGAGGUCGAGGUUCUCCUCCUGGUUGACGCGGGUGCGCCUGCUGACGGGCUGCUCAAUGAUGAUUUCGUCCUGCGAGACCAUGGUGACACCGACGUCGGUGUUCUUAUCCAUCUUGAAGCAAGACAUGUCAUCCCUGAGCUUCGCAGCCUUGUUGGUCCUGCGCGGAAUGCGAAUCUCCUUCACCCGUUUGGUGAUCUGCGAACGAAUGAGGCGCCGAUAAGACAGAUAAGAGCCAUCGUACACACAUGUUACGGGAAUAUGGCCGAUGGUCCAGUAAGGUAUGCGCGGAUAUUACGACAUCAUAUCACCGAUCAACGUCGUUACAACCAUGAGGAAUGUGAUACAGUCGCGACACAGAACGAAAUCAACAACCACGUCAACAGGACCGUAUUGCGCAUUGUAGACGACAAACGUCGCUAUCCCAUGACUGUUUCGUCAACAAACACAACAGGUAGCAAUAUAUCCACCGGCAUUAGGCGGCUUUGA